AUGUCAAACUUGAAACCAGUGCAUGAGGUAUGCAUCUGCCUGGUGGGCAAGACUGGUGUGGGCAAGCCCAUGCUGGGCAACUUCCUGUGUCCAGGCGCCAACUUCAGGACUUCAGGGGGUGCGGCCAGCAUCACCUUUACCGCGCAGCAGGCCCGGGCCGCAUACCCGGACCGCGGACUGGCGCUGGUCAUGCUUGACACCAUGGGCCUGGGCGACACAGUGCAUGGGCUGGAGGUGGUACGGCAGAAGAUCACUGAGGGCGUCAAGUCGCUGGCUGGCGGCGUUGACUUCGUCUUCCUCUGCAUCAAGAAGGAGCGCUUCACCGACGAGAACCACCUCGCCGUCAUGCACCUGUUCCAAGUCAUCCUGGGCAAUCAAGCGCUGGAGAACACGUGGCUGGUGGUGACCCACGCCGAGGACCUGGCCGGCGACUCCCAGGCGCAGGCCCAGUGGCUGCGCGACGCGCGCGAAAACCAGCAGAAGCUGUCCGAGGUGAUGCGGCUCGUGGGCGCGCACAAGGUGCUCUUCGUCGAAAACCGGGCCUCGGCCGACCCGCGGCUCGACGCGAUCUACGCCGAGGGCCGCCAGUCCAGCCGCGACCUGCUCCUGAGCGUGGCCAAGGCCAACGCACCCGCCCGAUUCGACUUCAAGCGCCUCGAGGCCGCCCAGAAAGCCCACGACGACCGGAUGGCCGCGGCCGAGGCCCAGCGCAAGGCUGAGGCGGCGAGGGUGGAGCUGCCUUCUGCGCUGCCGCCGCCUCGGCCCUCUGCCGAGCAGGCCCAGAUCGCCAGGGAGAAGGCGCGCGCAGAAGCUGAGCGGCAGGCGGCCGUGAAGCGCCAGGAAGAGCUGGUGCUUCGGACCAGGCCCAUCAUUGUUCACCAUGAUAACGGCGGUGGGUGUGUGCUCUGCUAA